AUGGUGAAGGAGGGGCCAUUCGAAGAUCAACUCGUCGGCGGCGCGGCGCCUCACAGACCGCUGACAUCACUGUGGUUUGCUUCCGAGCAGGUCUGCCAUCUCAAUCAGAAGGCGCAAUAUUCUCCCUUGCUCGCGCUUCCAGCUGAGAUUCAGAAAUUGAUCUGGGAUAAUCUCACCAACCCUGCCGAUCAGUCUAUGCUCGCAUUGACCUGCAAAGCACAAGCCAGCUUCUACAUGAACCUCGGACCUGCCAAGGAACCCAGGUCAUCACCCGAGCAGCGCAUCAAUUUCCUCCUACGUCUCCAGGACUUCUCAGCACACCAGAAGUACAGACUCUGUUUCAAAUGCCGCAAGUUCAAGCCACUGGCUAGCGGUUGGGGCGGAAUGACCAAGUACUUGAAGAAUGCCUCUGUGAACCGGGAAGCUGCGAUCAAGGGUCCCAAUUGUCCAAUCUGCGUCAAGCAAAGUCGCGAGGUUGCGAAACAGACUCGAAAGCUGAUCAAAGGUUGA